CUGUCUAGCUGACCUCUUACCUCUCCCUGCUACCUUUUGUUGUGCCAAUGCAUGGGUCACAUACAUAUAGUGCAAGUCUCUAGAGAAGCUAAUUUACAGUCAGAUUUGGAUUUUGUCUGGACAACUGGUUCCUACUGUUCCCCGAAUGCAUUCCUGAUUUCUGUACUUCUGCCAUUGAAAUAAUUAUAGUAUUAUUCCAUAAACUUCAAUCCUUCUUGCCUAUUAAAAAAGCACUUUAACACUUAUUUGAAUUGGCUUCUGCUGAAUUCACCACCAUUUUUAUUUAAAUCAGGUCUUGCUCAGGGUGAAUACUCCCUAGAAAUCACAAUAGUGUAUCCAGUUGUCACAAAGGAGCAAUAUCCACUAUUAAAAUCCCAUUCUAAAUGCAUGCUGCAUACUACAUAUUGCUUUAAAUCUGUUUUAAAUUAUGUCUUAGUUUAGUAGAAAUUAUAUAACCUUGUAGAGUCUGCUUUUCUCUAUUGUUUAAUUUAGUUCUCCUAGUUCUCCUCCAGUUCCUCUGAGCCUUCUUUGGAUAGAUGAGAGAAUCUCUUUCUCUGUGAAACCAGACUGCCUCCUCCUCCUCCUCCUCCUCCUGCUCCUCCUGCCUCCCAUCACCUCCCCACAGCAGUAUCCGCUGCUGAUAACAGCACAUAACAGCUCUUAACAAAUUAAGGGUCAUAUGUGGUGAUAUCUACGUGUGCCCUCUCCUUAUCCAUCCCUCACGCGUGUCCUCCUCCACACAUCCCACAGUCAUCUUAUUCAUUCAUUGUCUUGUUGUACAAGCAUGUUUCACAUAAAACAAUCUUUUAUGUAUUGUUUUCCUCUUUCUCCAAUUCACUUUUUGUUUCUUUUUUUUUAUCUCUUCUUUAUAUGUCUUGCUUUAUUCCUUUCCCAUAGUUUGCAUAAUUAUCCCUCUAACUCCCAGAAGCACUGAAGCUGCCUUCAUGCUGCAGACCCCCAGCCCCUUCUUUCCAACCCUGACCCCAACACCCCCACCCACUCCCCUUGCAACCACUACAGCACUUCAGGGCCGCCCCUUUUCCUCACGCCGCUCUCCGAGUUAUGAGUCCUCCAUUUCACUCAAAGACUUGGCACCUCCAGCCCCAUUUGAACCAACACAGUUCAACUUCCUCUCCCGUCCUCCCCAAUGCCUCAUCGCUCAAUGCUCCCAUGCUGACCCUCAUCAGUCGCCUGCCUUCCCUUACUCUCCCCACCCAUCCUCCCCGAUCCCUCUCAUCACCUCACCUUUACCUCCCUCAUCUGCUGCUAACUCUCCGCCACCUAUUCCUUCUUCACUCACGCCUGUACCGUCCUCUCCCACCUCUGCCCCAGCCUCCCCCAUACUCACCACUCCAAAAUCUUCACAAGCAGAACGAAACACAUUUUCCUGUCAUACCCCCUCCAAAACUGCAACCACAUCCACCAACCUCACCCCCGUACCCUCCUCGAUUGCUAACCAAUCUGAAUCCAUUACCUUACCUGUUUCACCCAUCCCCUCCUCACCCUCAGGCAGGACCUCGCCUUCUGUCAUCGCCUCACCAAGCAAAGAUUCUGUAGUGACCCAAGGCCUGGCCUCCUCCUCCCGCCCAGUCUCCCCUCUGUCCUUAUCCACCCUCCCUCCUAUCUCUCCCUCUGGGUCCCGUUGUCCUAGCCCCAGUCCUUCUUCCCCUCCUCUUCGUUCCCUGUCUCCCUGUCCAGCUUGCCAGUGUACUUGUGCGCCCUCAGUCCCUCCACCUCCCACCCAAACCCACACUGACCCUUCCACAAUGGAAAUAUUAAUGUAGCAUGCUCUAUCCUUUAUCUUGUUCCUUCUCUUCCCCUGCUCCUUGUCGCAUCUCUCAUCUGUCAAAUAUCUCAUGUGAGCAUGUAACAGAACACCCUGGCAAACAUUAAUAUCUUACACUCAUCACAUCCCACACUACAUGAUUAAUAUGGCCUUAUGUCACUAAUGUGUCCCACUUUCAAUGUCUUACCUCAUCACAACUGCUGAAUAAACACUCACUGAAAAUCAAACAACUACUUAUAAAUAUGAUAUUUCUUUUAUGAUUACUGUCAAUUGGAAUGUACUUCUUUAUAUAUUUUUAAUAUUUUAUUAUUUUUUAUUGUGUUGAAUAUGGCAUUUCGAACACAAACAGUAAAAUGACUUUGUAUUGAUUUAUUACAUUUUACUGCAUAUGUUUGAUAUUAUACUGUAUAAUGUAUUGACAUACAUUAUACAGUAGCUGCUGACAUAUCACAAUCUCAGCUAGUGGUUGUCUGGAUACAUGCUUUACACUUCAGCUUUUGUGCCAUUGUCCACGUCAUAUGGUGUAUGUGUUAGUGGUGUUUUUUUUUUCUUUUGUGGCAUGCUUCGGUGCUUGUAUGUCUCUACAUUUGUCAUCCUGUCACCUACAGAUUAUCA